AUUUUACCCUGAUGACGUAGCAUGCAGGCGCGCACGUGACAAAACUGAGGAAGCUCGACUGAAGUCUGAAUAUCAAAAGAGUCUGGUGCUGUGGUUGGUGGCAUGUGGCUUUGUGGGAUCGACGAAAUUUGAGUUUUCGUCUUUCCUGUUUUGACAUUUCUUCCAGUAGAUAUCGGUCUCUCUCUAUCUAAGUGAAGGGCCUAGUUGCCGAGUACCGGUCUAGGAGUGUGAGCUGUGUCACAAGAGCAGGCUCGCAAUAGUCACUGUCUUCAUUCCCCUUUCGCACUUUGUGGUCAAUUGUUUGUUAGCCAUCCUGAAUUUAGGAGGCGUCUGUCGCGUGUAACUUGGGAGGAGGUCGUGCAGCCAGCCCUGAGCGUGCUUUGUGUUGGACGAAACGUCGCAGCGGAGCGUUGAGGGACCAGGCUCGUGGCCACAAGUAUCAACACCGGGCUGCUACAACAGAAGUAACACAAUACUACAGCGAAAACAUGGCCGCAGGACGUCAACGACGACCCUGCAACUGCAGCAAGUCAAUGUGCUUGAAGCUCUACUGUGAGUGCUUUGCACAUGGAGAGUUCUGCGUCAACUGCAAGUGUCAGAACUGUCACAAUAACUUGGAGCAUGAAACCGAGCGCCGAGAAGCAAUACAGGCAUGUCUGGAUCGCAAUCCCUAUGCGUUCCACCCUAAAAUCAGCUCUGGAAGCAGUGGCAAACAGGAGCAUCAUGUAAAAGGCUGUCACUGCCGAAGGUCAAGCUGUCUGAAAAACUACUGCGAAUGCUUUGAGGCGGGAAUACCGUGCUCGCAGCUCUGCAAGUGUUUACAGUGUAAAAACUAUGAGAACAGUCCUGACCGGCAAGCACUGAUGGACUUCACGUUAGCGAGCGGCCAAUCGAAACCGCCCAGCGGCCUUGUGUCUCCUAUAACAACCAGCUCCGCAACGAUGUCUUCCAAGCCUGGUUCAAUGCCACCUCCACCUCCCAUUGUCACAAUGUUUCCACCUCCUCCACCCAGUCCUCAACAGCAAGUUGAUAGCACUUUGAGGCCGCCGAUUUCACCGCAUUUCCAUGACGACGUAGCAGCUGCGGCAUGUCAGUGUCUUCUGCAACGAGCAGAGCUUGUUGAGCAACAGGCAAGCGGUGGCAAUGCGGCCAGCCAGGAUGCACUGGAGCAGGCAGUGCUGGAAGAGGCGCACCUAUGCCUGCAGGCCAUCGCCAUGCGCCAUGCACAACCCUUGCCGCAAUAGCACACCAUUCUCUUCUUGAUGAUCAUAUUCUGGGUAUGCGUGGCAUCCUAAAUGGCUGCAGAAUUGAGCUUGGUGGAAUGCCGUCUUCAACGAACAUGGCAUAUCAGUGAUCUCACAUUGCCCGGCUUUGCACAAUGGUGCAUCACAUCCAGGUUGCGGACGAGCUGGGAAUCAAUGGCGAUGGGCACCUGAUCGCCGGCCGAAGCCACUGUUGGAAAAAAAGGAUUUACAAGCAUGUUGCUAUGCUGUCGCGGCGUGCACCCAUGCAUGCAUGGGUGCAUCUAGGUUUGUGUCACUUGUUGAACUCUGUUUCAAACGUCAUCUCCUCUCAGCAUGACGGACUCUGUGAUUCCACUUAAAAGUGGGCAAAAUAAGCAUAUCCGGGUAGCUGAGACUACCGGUAAUGACUCAGAUCCCAUCCAGCCGUGGACAGGUCACAUCAUGUCAGCAGCAUUGGCGCAAGGCAGGGUUGUUUAGCUGAUUGGAGCCGUUGCUAUGUCAACCUGGUUGCAGAUCUACACGCUUUGUGAAAGAAUCGGGCCAGCAAGAUUACUCGUCGACUGGACACUGUUCACCUGUUGUCAACAGAACUAUGAAAAUGGAUGAGAUUUGAUCUGACAUUACAAAGGCCUCCAUGAUCCACCUCUCUGAUCUAGUAUGAAUACGUCACUGAGUGAAUGUAGCCAUUUUCAACUUCUUCUUCUUCUUCUUCUUCUUCUUCUUUUGUUCUGCCCUCAUCCUCCUGUGUUUUUAACCCUGUCGUUUUCUUUGUCGUGUCUGUGUGUCAAGUACAGUUUUACACUCUUUAUUACUGCUGCAAAGUACAUUGUGCUGUGUUUGUGUGCUUGUCGUUUGCUGUAUGGCCACUACUACUUUUUAGUUGAAUUCAUGCAGCCAUCAACAGUACUACUAUUCAAUCGUCAAUUAUGAGCUGAGAUGAUGUCUGGGACCUCAUCGUCGUCCUCUUCCUCCUCCUCCUCCUCCUCCUCCUUCUUCUU